AAGCUCUUUUAAAAAAAACCACAUUUCAUCACCAAUGGAAAACCACAAUCGUAACCAAGUCAAAUUUGAUGCAUUAUAUGGUGGUAAUGAAACCAAUAUGUCGAAUCCUGAAAACGUUCAUCACAAGAAUAUGAUGUUUUAUGACUGGGACUAG